AUGAAAGCCGCCCGAUACUACGCCCCCCGGGACAUUCGGAUUGAAGAGAUCCCUCUUCCAUCGCCAUCCCCAGACCAAGUCCUUGUCGAGGUCGAUUGGUGCGGAAUCUGCGGCAGCGACAUGAACGAGUACCUCGUCGGACCCAUGUCAAUCCCUAGUCCUCAAAGAGGUCCACACCCCCUGUCGCAGGAAACCCUACCUGUAAUAAUGGGCCACGAGAUCAGUGGCCGGAUCAUCCAAGCGCCAUCAACCUCGCCCUUCUCCCCAGGACAGAAUGUAGUCAUCGACCCGCGCCUCUACUGCUCCAACUGCACGCCGUGCCGCAAAUCAGCAACCAACUGCUGUCGAUCCGUCGGCUUUAUGGGCCUCUCGGGCGGCGGCGGCGGACUGGCCAGCACGGUCGCCGUGUCGCCGUCCAGCGUGCAUGUCCUGCCCGACGACGUCGAUCUCGCGACUGCGGCCCUGAUCGAGCCGUUAGCCGUGGCGUGGCAUGCCGUGCGACUGUCCGGGCUUCAUGGCAACAACCAGGAGUCCGAUCUGCAUGUCAAGUCGACGCCGAUUUUGAUUGUGGGCGGAGGCCCCGUCGGCGUGGCGGUUGCUUUUGUGCUGCGAUCGAGGGGAGCAGAGAGGGUUGUCGUGUCGGAGCCGGCGGCGAAAAGGCGAGAAGUGUUUCAUGGCCUCGUGCGGACUGUUUUGGAUCCGAUCAGCGAGGACGUGGUCAGUCGGUGUCGGGAGGCGAGUUCGGACGGCGAAGGCGUCGGCAUCGUGUUUGAUUGCGCGGGCGCCCAGCCGGGGAUGGACGCCGCGUGCCAGGCCCUUAGAUUUGCAGGGAAGUAUGUGAAUCUGGCGACUGUGAAGGUGCCGAUUACGAUCCCUGUUCUCCAGUUCCUGCUAAAGGAGCUUACAUAUAAAGCGUCCUUGGCGUAUGACGAGAGGGAUUUCCAGGAGGUGGUAGCUGCUUUUGUCGCCGGGCAAUUGACAGGCAUUGAACGCAUGAUAACGAGAAAAGUGAGGCUGGAGGAGAUUGUCGAGAAGGGAUUCGAGGAGCUGGCGAAUCCGAAUGAUCAUAUCAAGGUGAUGGCGACACCGAAGGGAGAAGAAAGAGAGAGGGGAUAA